GUCCAAGAACUCUCGCCGUAGACCCACUUUCCAUGUUGCCGUCAUCUUCCUUCCCUCUCCAGUCUCCACCCCCAUUUCCCUUCCCUGCGUUACGAACAGGGGAAAAAACCUGAAGAGAGAAAAACCCGUUUCAUAUUCUAAUCAAUGGCUUCCACUCCCAAAAAGCGGCCAAAACCCACAACCAACAAACACCACAAAUCUCCUUCUUCUCCUUCACAUACCCUCCUCAUUAAGGAACCCCCGCCGAACUUGUUUCCAUCAGCGUCCGAGUUCUUAAGACUCAUCGCCGUCGUUGCCAUCGCCGCUUCCGUCGCCUUCGCCUGCAACUACGUGGUUUCGUUCCUGAAUCGGCAGCCGAAUCCCUUCUGCGACAGCAAUGCGGAUUUCGAUUAUUCUCUCUCCGAUUCCUGUGAGCCUUGUCCAAGCAAUGGAGAGUGUUACGAAGGGAAGUUGGAAUGUGCUCAUGGAUAUAGAAAGCAUGGGAAGCUAUGUGUAGAAGAUGGAGAAAUAAAUGAAACAGCUAAGAAACUUUCAGAAUUGGUAGAAACUCGUGUCUGUGAAGCAUAUGCUCAAUUUUUGUGCGAAGGAACUGGGGUAGUUUGGAUUCAGGAGGAUAAGUUAUGGAAUGAUUUAGACGAAUUCAAGUUGAAGGAGAAUCAGGGCUUGGAUGGCCCCAUAUAUAUGUAUGCAAAGAAAAGAGCAAUAGAGAUGGUUGGUGAAUUGUUGGAGACGAGGAAAAAUGAUGAAGGGGUCAAGGAAAUGAAGUGUCCAGAUUUGCUAGUCGAGUACUACAAACCAAUAACCUGUCAUGUCCAGCAGUGGAUCGCCAAACAUGCUUUUAUUUUAGUGCCACUUUGUGCAUUGCUCAUUGGAAGCAUAUGGUUAUGGUUGAAAGUUCAACGGAGAUGUUAUCUAUCAACUAGAGCUGGAAACCUUUACCACCAGGUUUGCGAGAUACUUGAAGAGCAUGCUUUGGUUGCCAGGAGUUUAAAUGGUGAGGGUGAACCUUGGGUUGUUGCUUCAUGGUUAAGAGAUCAUCUUUUGUUGCCUAAAGAAAGGAAGGACAUGACCAUAUGGCAAAAGGUUGAGGAGUUGGUUCAGGAAGAUUCUCGUUUAGAUCAGUACCCAAAACUGGUGAAGGGUGAAUCUAAAGUGGUGUGGGAAUGGCAAGUUGAAGGCUCUUUGAGCUCUUCAAAGAAGAGAAAGAAGGCCGAGGAAAGCAAACUGAAGUUGAGCGAAGGCAUUACACCAUCUUUGAAUCAGCAAAACUAUGGAUUGAAAGGUGGUGAUUGGGUAAACAGUAUUACCAUAAGUGUUCAUGCCAUUACAGUUUUCGGGCAAAACAAGAGGCACCAUCCUUACAUAACUGACAAGGAAUCGUAUGAAGUCGACAGGGUCCCCUGUUGUUCUCAGAAGCCUUGAUAAUCUAGGAAGCUCAGCAACAGGGUUCUGGCUGGAAUCACAUGACGACACAGUUGCAUAGUCUCUGUGUGUGCGCGCGCAGGCGCAUGUGUGUGUAGUGUAUGCUUAUGUCUAUAAUGAGCAUUACGUAAUGGUUUUGCAUCUGCAACGGCUCUGUGUUAUUGAGAACUGAGUACAACUUCGUUCUCCGUAAGUUUUUUUUUUUUUUUGAACGGUGUUCUCCAUAAGAUUACGUUACCUAUAAUGUAAAGAGAGGAAGUUUUUGAAGGAAAGAUCAGAGGAUAAUGUCGUUAAAAUGGUUGAAUGACAAAAUCUUAGUCUCUGUAA